CAGGAUCCGCCCGACACACCCUCUCCUCUCCUCACUGAAGUUGAGAGCAUCGCUAUGGCUUCAAACAUCCCGGCUCUUCUUCUCCUGUCCGCGGGAUUAUUCACGACUACAGUCGGAUAUAAGUCUUGUAGAAUACAGAGAGAAUCUGUGAUCUGUAGGUCGUGGAGAUCUGAGUUCUGCUGUGGGACCUGUGAUGACAACUACUGCUGCUCCGACCCGAAAAAAAUAUUUACCUGGGAGGCACAAAGUGACUGUUCUUUCAAAGACCACAAGAUUUCACCUGAAUAUUCUCCUCAAAGCGACACUGUUUCUAUUGCUGUCAGUGCCUCAAUAAUAGGACUUGUAGCUUUCAUCAUUCUGUUCCUCAUCUGCUGGGUCUGUCCACGCUGCUAUCUCUAUAAGAGGUUCAGAAGUCCUAGACCUGUGAUUACGACAGCUACGGUCGUCACGACACAAUACCUUCCCCAGCCUUCAGCCGUCAUUCAGGGCAGUCAGUACCUUCCCUACCAGGCUCGGCCAAAUAUCCCACCUUAUGGAGGCCAACCGAUUCCAGCUGGAUCACCACCCUCAUAUCAGGAGGCUGUAGGUCCAGGGUGUCCUGUUCCCAUCCAGGUUGCGUUUGAUGGUGGUCAGGCCACGUAUCCUCUACAGUCAUUGCUGCCCACAGACUACACCUCACCUCAACCAGCGUACAACCCUGCUUACACCAGCUGCACCAGUUCAGUCAAGACCAGUAACUAAACCCAAACCGCUGCCUUCUGGAGGAUUACAUAUUUCUACUCUGCUGUUGUGAAUUGUGCAGCUACUGUGGACACUAUCGUUGUUCUCCAUUAAUAUUGCCGUAUUUAUACUCUAUUGUUCGCCAUUAUGUUUACACUUGCUUUAAAUACUUGAAUUUGUUUCUUUCUCUCAAUUUUAACCAAAGAUCUAUCCCUUGUCUAGUUAUUUUGGAUCCUAGAUUGGUACAUUUUGUGAUUGUAAAUUUGUUAAGUUCAUUUCAUGCCAAUCAAAUGAAGCAAGAGUCAAGCUGACUAUCAGAGUUCAGAGUUAAAGAAGAAAUUGUUUGUAUCUAGUUUUCAGAAGUGGAUACUGUCUCAGACAUGUUCUGUCUGUUUGUAUUAACAGGAUUGUGUAUUUAAAAUCAAAAUGCUUCACACAUUACACUGGUGCGUUUUGGUUUUGUUGAAAGUUUCUUGCAUGGGAGGGACAUUAUAGCCACUUAUCAGGAAGAA